AUGCACUUCUCUACCGCGUCUCUCUUUCUUCCACUCCUUCCCAGUGUCGCGGCUUGGACCUUUCCAUCUCAUAGCCUCGACCGUCGCGAGGCCUUCGAGAUGACUGAGCGCGAGGACUCGGGUGGCGACAAAGGAUGGAUUGUCCCAGCCAAUAUCACUGUCGAGGACUGGGACACUGCCGAACCUGGAGAAGGCUGGAUUCCUGUUGAUGAGUACAUGAGGCGCAUGGGUAUCGCCCCCCUCGAGGACACUUCCAGUCUUGAAGAACCAGACAUUGAGACUCAACCAUUGCCCGAAGCCAAGAGAGGACCGCUCGAGGAGCGGGCCGCUCGCACUAGAGUCAACAUCGGCAGGAAGCUGACUGACUACGGCUGUACUGCCUCCAUCCGCAAGCCAAUCGAGGAAUCUCUCAAUAUGCUCUGUAGCAACGGCUUCUGCGACCAGAGCAUUUCCUAUGUCCGCACAAUUGAUUGGCUUGACAACGGCUUUGGCGCGGGAAUGUCCCGACGAAAGCUGAUAGUCGACAUCAAGGGCAACUACAGAGGAUCUCGCACCAAGGGAAACGUUAUCGAGGCCGCUAAGCGGAUCGUCAAUCCCGACAGUGUCAGUCAUGCUAAGCGCUCCAUGAAGAAGGAUACCACGACAUGUAUGAGAUGGGGCAUUUGCAAGAUUGUCACCUGCGACAUGUCAAAGUUUGCCAUAGCUUAG